CUAUUGGAAAUAUGUCUUCCUUCACGAACUCGCCGAGAAGCGCUGUAGAAGUGGCCAACACGUCAGUGGAAGACAACAGCAGGAAUGAGAGGAAAACAGGUGAUGUGAUGGAGGCUGUUCAUAAGCUUUUCGACCGCCUUGAGCGGCAGAUAGAGAUGACCAAGCCGGCCAAUACUAUUCAUUAUAUAGUAGACAUGCUAUGCCAUUAUUACCCGGAGCAUCUGCGUGGGUUUGCUGCCAUUUGGAGCAUGGACCCAGACGUGCAGAGGGAGAAGAUUGAUGUUGCCAACUUCUUCCGCGUGAACAAGAUGUCGGCGGAAAUAGCUGCGCAUUUCAUCAGCGCCGGCUACGACACAGUUGAGACGUUAGAGAGUCUUACACCAGAUGACUUGCAGGACAUUGAGGCCUUCAGUAAAGCCAAGUGGCUUCCAGGCCAUAAGGUUCGUCUCGUUCAGUUGUUCAGUAACAUUGAAGAUAGAGUACGGCAAUAUAGGCAUGACUGUGCAUCUCUCAUCGCGCCUUACAUGCCUCGUUCUUCGCCCACCAUGGGUCCUCUUACUCUGCCCACACCCAGGGUCAUCAGUGCUCCAAGCAGUGGCGUUCCCGGCCAGUCCAUGUCGACUUCGUAUUAUGCUGGUUACCCCUCAGCUUCCCAAGGGCCUACCACGGCGAGAUACAUUUCUACCCCUGCGGGUCGAUCUAGCUACGUCCCUAGUCCAGGGCAGAGCACUAGGACAACCAGAGUCCUCACAUGUUCUAAUAUCGUCCCCUAUACCUCCCAAGGUCCUAGAGUGAGCACGACUUCUCCAGCUAGAGUUGUUGCAGGGUUAGGGCAUACCGCAGUGGACACUUCUACUACUGUGAUCAAAUCUGGCUCUAGUACUCCCGUGAGUGCUUCCGAUGGCUAUGGCAGUACGGAGUGAAUGGGUUGAAGUGUGAG